AUGGCAACCGACACUGUAUGGACAGACAUGGCAUUAACCAACACUGUAUGGACAGAUAUGGCAUUAACCAACACUGUAUGGACAGACAUGGCAACCGACACUGUAUGGACAGACAUGGCAUUAACCAACACUGUAUGGACAGAUAUGGCAUUAACCAACACUGUAUGGACAGACAUGGCAACCGACACUGUAUGGACAGACAUGGCAUUAACCAACACUGUAUGGACAGACACGGCAACCGACACUGUAUGGACAGACAUGGCAUUAACCAACACUGUAUGGACAGAUAUGGCAACCGACACUGUAUGGACAGACAUGGCAACCGACACUGUAUGGACAGACAUGGCAUUAACCAACACUGUAUGGACAGACACGGCAACCGACACUGUAUGGACAGACAUGGCAACCGACACUGUAUGGACAGACAUGGCAUUAACCAACACUGUAUGGACAGAUAUGGCAACCAACACUGUAUGGACAUACAUGGUAACCAACACUGUAUGGACAGACAUGGCAUUAUUUUACAAAGCUGCCACAAAACACAUGGAGGAUAUCAACAGUUUGAAGGCAUGUGAAGAUUCAGAUCUCCAUUUAUAG